UGGCGACGUCUGGCCAUGGGGCUGGGUCGGAUCCUGCUAUUUCUGGCCGGCGCCUUCCCUUUGACACUCCUGGGAGCCGCCGCUGAGCCCCACAGUCUUCAUUAUAAUUUCACAGUGCUGUCCUGGGAUGGACCUCCUCAGUCAGGGUUUCUCGCUGAGGGAUAUCUGGAUGGUCAGCUCUUCCUGCUCUGUAACAGGCAGAAAUGCCCGGCAGAGCCGCAGGGACAGUGGGCAGAAGCAGUCCGGAGAGCUGAGCCCUGGCACACAGAGAUCGAGGACUUGAAAGAGAAUAAGAAGAACCUCAAGAUGACCCUGCCUCAUAUCAAGAGGAAGAAAGGAGCCUUGCAUUCCCUCCAGGAGAUUAGACGCUGUGAGAUCCAUGAAGACAACAGCACCAAGAGCUUCCGGCAUUUCUACUAUGAUGGGGAGCUCUUCCUCUCCCAAAACCUGGACACUCAGGAAUGGACAGUGCCUGAGUCCUCAGGAGCUCAGAUCUUGUCUGUAAACAUCACGAAUGUCUUGGACGAAAAGGCAAAGAAAGCUGGCGUUGUGCGGGCAGACUGCCUGUGGAAACUGCAGGGAUAUCUGGAAUCCCUGGUGUGCGUCGGGAGAACAGUGCCACCCAUGGUGAAUGUCACCCGCAGUGAGGAUUCAGAUGGCAACAUCAAUGUGACAUGCUGGGCUUCCGGCUUCUGUCCCCCAAAUAUCACACUGACCUGGCAUCAGGAUGGGGUAUCUUUGAGCCACGAUGCCCAGCAGUCGGAGGGUGUCCUGCCUGAUGGGAAUGGAACCUACCAGACCUGGGUGACCAUCAGGAUUCGCCAAGGAGAGGAGCAGAGGUUCACCUGCUACAUGGAACACAGUGGUAAUCUCAGCACUCACCCUGUGCCCCAUGGGAAGGUGGUGGUGCUUGAGAUUCAACAGCCAGCCAGUCCACAUGUUCCUGCUGCUGCUGCUCCUGUUUCUGCUAUUAUUGAUGUUAUUAUUGCUGGUGUUAUUAUUAUUAUUACUCUUAUUAUUGUUGCUCUUGUUAUUCAUUACUACAUCCGUCACUGCAAGAAGAAGAGAACAUCACCUGCAGAGGGUCCAGAGCUCGUGAGCCUGCGGGUCCUGGAUCAACACGUGGUUGGGACAGGAGACCACAGGGAUGCCGCACAGCUGGGAUUUCAGCCUCUGAUGUCAGCUCCUAGGCCCACUGGCUCCACUGAGGGCACUGAGACUCUGCAGCCAGGCGGCUAGGACUCAGCUCCCUGCCUGGAUCUCACCAGCACUUUACCUCUUGGUGCCUCAGUUUCCUGGCCUAUGAGACAGAGAACAUAACACCAUUUAUUUCUUGUUGUCAGAGGCUGUGAAGUGUUAGUAGGCAUAAGGUGUUUGCAGCUGUGCCAUAUUAGUUGGUAUCAUCAUUUCCAUUGUUUAUCUAUUAUUAUAAUUGGUUUUUUUUGAGACAAAGUCUCACUCUGUCACCCAGGUUGGAGUUCAGUGGCGUGAUCUCAGCUCACUGCAACCUCUGCCUCCCCAGCUCAAGCAAUUCUUGUGCCUCAGCCUCCCGAGUAGCUGGGAUUACGGACCCACACCACCAUAUCCGACUAAUUCUAGUAUUUUUCAUAGAGACCGGGUUUCGCCAUGUUAGCCAGGCUGGUCUCAAACUCCCCACCUCAGGUGAUCUGCCUACAUGAGCCUCCCAAAGUGCUGGGAUUACAAGCAUGAGCCACUGUGCCCAACCUAUUUUAUUAUAUUUUAAUAUAUUACAUGUACAGUAAUUAGAACAUCAUAGGUGAGCUUUAUGAGUGAGUAUCUUGGUGAUGACUCCUCCUGACGAGACUAGGACCAGCUUUCUUGUCACCUUGAGGUCCCCUCACCCCCCUGUCACAGUCCUAUGCAUUACUCCAUGUCUACUAUGUGUGCUGAAUUUUAAACUAUACAUGUUUACUGUUUAAAUAGA